AUGAACCCCCGAGCCUCCCUGUUUGCCCUUGCAUUAUACUUGUUCCAACUCUGUAUAGCCAAACAGUCAAAACUUGCCUCUCAGGCAAGUACAUACACCAAUCCUAUCCUGGAUGGCGUCGGUGCGGAUCCAUGGGUCGUCCACCAUGGCGACAGUUACUAUAUGACAUAUACCACCCACGACAACAUUACUAUCCUACGCAGCAAUACUCUAACUGACUGGCACGAUGCCGAAACCAAACUCGCAUUCUCCCCUCCUCCUGAUACCGAGUACUCAUACUCGCUCUGGGCACCUGAGCUUCACUUCUUCGACGAGCUCGACCGGUGGUACAUCAUCUUCACCGCAGACGUGGACCCAGACCAUCCGUCCCCCAUACAAGAUAUGCUCUGCGACUUCACGUGCCCAGCUGUCAACCAUCGCAUGUUCGUCCUCGAAUCCACUGGCUCGGACCCCUGGACGUCAAAUUACACUUUCAAAUCCCAGCUCGACACCUUCGACCAAUUUGCCAUUGACGGGACGUAUUUCAUUCACUCCACAGGGCUAUACCACAUCUACUCGUGCUGGCACGACAAGUACAUAUCGUGGCCGGCUAUGCUAUGCAUCACCCGCAUGACCAACCCAUGGACUGUGUCUUCUACAAUAUCAGAACGCCAGAUUAUCUCCCGACCAGAUCAGCCUUGGGAAAAGACUCCAUACGGCCGCACCGUCAAUGAUCGCCUGUCUUCCAACGAAGGACCACAGCAGCUCACCAAUGCACACACCGGUCAACAAUUCCUCAUCUAUUCGGCCGCUCGCAGUGACAAUCGCAACUACUGUCUGGGCCAGUUGGAACUGACAGGUCAAGAUCCCAUGGAUCCUGCGGCAUGGACGAAAUUCACACGUGGCUGCGUCUUUGAAGAGAACCCUGCUGCACAGGUCUACGGAGUCGGCCAUGCUAGCUUCACCACCAGCCCUGACGAUAAGGAGAACUGGAUUAUUUAUCAUGGCAUGCACGACUUUGAAAAGGGUUGGGAUGCGAGGUCGAUACGAACUCAGCACUUUACUUGGAAUAAGGAUGGAAGUCCACGUUUCCCUAAGCCAGCCGUUGGGCCAUUUGCCUUUCCCAGCGGACAAGAUGGAACUAGUGGUGAUGGUAGUGGUAGUGCUGGACCAAGGGCGAUGGGUCGACGUGAACGUUUGGGUUCCACGGGUUUACAAAAGGGGCUUUCGUUGUUGGACGACAUCUUGUCAGAGAAGAUUGAGUGGUUAUAUAGCAAAAUACGUGCUGGCGUGUAA